AUGCUGGAAAAAGGAUGGGAGAUGGAACAGCUUGCUCUCUUUGGUCUCAUUCUCCCUGCAAAGGUCGACAACGGAUCUCCGACAUACACAUGGGACAGUGACUCGGAAGAAGAGGAGGACUCGAACAAGUCCUCAAUGUUCGACAAAGAGGCUAAGACGCCACUGAAACUACCUGCGGCACUGGAGCGGUCACGUACCCCCUCCAAUAUUCUUCGCAAGGUCAAGUCCUUUGCCAACUUUAUUGCCAACUCCGACCUCGAAAAGGACGUGCCUGAGCUCCCGGAGCUCCCGGAGCUUCUUGAUCAGUUUGGUUUACCGCCUGGGGCCCCGAUUGAGCCAACCUCUCGAACUUUCAUUCGACCGGCUCGAUCCAGCAGCUCCCUUCGUCCCAAGGCGUCCAUUCGAACGGUCCCCAGCGCUACCAUACUGCGAGAGAAGCGAAGCGCGGGUAUCGAUAAGUCCCAGAUAUCCCAUCCUGUUGCUCCUGAAGAGAAGAGACGCGCUGGAUCGGACUUCAGCCAGGCGUUUGCUCGACGCAAGGGAACUGCCGAAAGCGAGCGCUCCUCAUGUUUAGCGGGGUCUUUACGCAGCCCUUCGAACUUGGUUUCCCCUUCGUUGUCGACGAAACUUCCGCUCUAUCUUCUCCAGCCACAGCAUCCCACUGUCUACUUUGGCAAAAAUGAAGCACCUCCCAAGUUUCGACUUGCGCCCCCUCGACUGUCUCCUAUGGAAUACGCCCGCCAGUAUCUCCUGGCCAAGACAAAGGCAGACAAAGAGGAUGCGGAGUGCAACAUUUCCAAACCGAUCUUAAUCUGGGUCUGGACUGAGGACUAUCGAGAGUUUCUCUUACUUCCCCACGUCCCCAAGGGCAUACAGAGAAACUUUUUGCCCAGCAAUGGCAAAGACUGGAAGAAGUCUGACUUUAUGAGACCCUGUUCCGACCUCUAUGCAAAGGGCAUGGAAGGAUUCAACCAAGUCGCUCCUCAGUGA